CUCCGCUGGAGGCGCUCACGUGGGGCGAGAACACGAACUUCACACUUGGACAUGGACAGCUGACGCGUGUCCUGUCCCCUGUCCCUGUGUCCCUGCCAGCGGGGAUCUCCGUCGUGCAGGUGGAGCUCUGCGACUUCCACUCGGUGCUGCUGACGCGCUGCGGGCGCGUGUUCACCUGCGGACACGGACGCGGAGGCCGACUCGGACACGGAGACGAGGAGGCGUGUGUGGUGCCCAGGCAGGUGGUGUCUCUGCCGGCGUGCGUCUCCGUGUCUGCGGCGCGUGACCACACGCUCUGCCUCGCCGCCUCUGGCCUGGCGUUUGCCUUCGGUCUCAACGAGUUCGGGCAACUCGGCGUGCGAGGAGCCACCGGCACCACCACCACCACCGGCACUACCACCACCACCGCCGGUAGUAGCGGAGGAGGGUGGGGUGGUGUGUGCAGCUCACCGCAGCAGGUUCACCUGCCGUGCCGGCCUCCCCAGCGGGUGCUCGGUGUAGCGGCAGGUCCCACCCACAGCCUCCUCUACACACACAGCGGCCUCUACAGCUGCGGACUCAACAGCGGGCAGCUCGGUUACCCUCCACAGCCGGGCUGCCUGGUCCAGCCUCUGCCCAAGCUGGUGACCUCUCUGCCCUGGGUGACCCCAGAGGGACAGAGGUCAUCAUCAUCGUCGUCGUCGCCCAGGGGAGGUCGAGGCUUGUCGGCCGCCCCGCUGGUGGCGGCCUGCUCCUCCGCCAGCCUGGCGCUGACGCCCAGGGGGGAGCUGUUCCUGGUGGCGCACGGCACCAGCAGGAGGCUGGCGUCACGCGCCGUGCGUCCCCGGGAGUCGGCGCAGCUCGCCGCGUUGGCGCACAGGCGCCGGCACAGGGCGGCCACCGCCGCCGGUCGCAACCCGGUGACGCCGACGCCGCCGCUGGCCACCCGGUAG